CAGUGAAACAAAGAGUGAAUCAUUUAAAGGGGUCUGAAUACCUUCCGUACCCACUGUAUAUGAGGCAGUAUCUCUAAAAAGGAUUCACAUAAAUAAGGGGAUGUUUUACUGGGAGCAUGUUGACAUGUACAAAGUGACGAGAAGCUCCAACAUAGGUUCAUGUCUGAGGUGUCACAAGUAAACAUUAAGGCUGUAGAGAUGACCUAAAUUGCUCUAAAGGUCAAAGUAUGCGAGUCUUUUUAUGCACCUGUUUUUUUUUUUUUUUUUUUUUAACCAGAGCAACUCCUGUCUGUGAAGAGUGAAGUUAACUUGUGGAUGUAUAUAAACUUAUUGAUAAUUGACAUGAAAAUACUAUUUAAUGAUACUAUUCAUUUAAGAUGCAUAUGCUGACACAGAUCUUUCACCAUGGAAGAUGUGAUGAUGGCAAUGCUGUCAUAAGUGUCAAACUUGUGUAUUUUGUAAAAUUAUUUUAAAACAAAAUGCAUAAAACAUUGAAGUUGAAAUACAGAAAUAAAAAAAUUAUAAUGAAGUAGAAAAAGAAUAACUGACAUUAAUAACAUUAAUAUUGAAAAGGUCUAAGUUCAUGUUUGACUCAUGAUCAUAUUAUUACAGGCUCCAUAACAGAACUAAUCCAUAUUACAGAAAGGGAUAGAUCAUCAAAAAAAUAGUUUUAUUUCAGGUUCUAUUGACUGUACAACUUCCUGUUUGAUUUUUUUUUUCAGCUAGGUGGCCAAUAAUACCUCAGCUUGUAUUUGACAUCUGCUUUACUCCUACAUUUAUCGGACAGGGUUAGUUACUUCACUUCUGAUUAUUUUGCACACAAAACGUGAAGAGUUUAUAAGACACAAUAUGUUUUUACGAAUUGAACAACCCAACAAUUUAUAGAGGUACAAAUGUAACAAUUAGUCUAUUAUGUAAUUAGUCGAUGGACAUACAAUUAAGUAUCACCUAUUCUGAUAGUUUAAGAUUAUACAUACUACUUUUACUUAAGGGGCAUUUUUUAUGUAGGACUUUUACUUGUUACAGGUUAUUUCUAAAGUGUGGUAUUAGUACUAUUACUUAGGUAAAUGAUCUGAAUACACUGUAAAAUCAGUUCCUAGAAUGCGCCAUUCAUAUUUCCACCACUCAGCGCCCAGAGGACGCGUGACGUCAAUGCGGAAGUACUUCCAUACACCUGCUGGAGAGGAGACGGUCGGAGAGGUAAACACGGUGACGUUGACUCAUGUUUUGGAGUUUAAAAUGUGUAUGUUAAGAUGGAGUCGCUGCUUCGACAAAAACAACGCAUACGUAAACAGCGUCUUUCUUUUAUAACCGUAGUUUUCAGGUGGUAGCUAGCAUAUUUAGCUGCCUGGGGGGGCUAACGAUAGCUAGCUUAAUAUUGACAACUCCGUCAAGCUAGCAGCUGUUAGCCGGAUCACGAGCGGAAUGGCUCGAGUUUGUCUCCAACGAAAACAAGUAAAAUGUAUCAGAAUAACUGAAGAAGUCAAACACAUUUUAAGUUAUUGUAUCAUAUAAGAGUGAAGCUAUAACUAUAAGAGACGUGUAAAAAAUAAUAUAGUUAUGAGUUAUGAUGCACGGUGACGUUUUACUUUGAAGUUCCUCACCGGAAGGGGAGUUGAUGUCGGGUUGCUCUAACGCUACGUCGUUUGUCACCUGCUAGCCGGUAGAUACACGGUCAAAAACAGUCAAACAACCGGUUCGUGAGUUUAUCUUGGCAUGGAUGUAAUGUUACGUUGUUAUUAUUAUACAAUUUACAGUGUUUAAGUAGGCGGAUGAGUUUAAUGAGUGUAGCUAACGUUACCGGUGUGCAGUGGUGGAAGUAGUAACUCUGCUCUGAUCCUCAUUACUUCACACAACACUGAAAAUACACUACUACAAGUUGAAAGUCCUGAAUUGAAAACGUUACUUAAGUAAAAGUAUGUAUAAACAGGAGAUUGUAUUUAAAGCAUAUAUAAGUAGAUACAAUAUCUCAUAUGAAUUUUAUAUUAUUAUAUCAUUAGAUUGUUAUGCAUUAACGCUGAUGUAGCGUUAAAAGCAGGAUUUUACUGAAGUGGAGCUCAUUUUGAACUAUUAACCAGCGUUAAUGAUUAUUUUCAUUAUAGAUUAAUCUGCUGAUUAUUUUCUCCAUUAAUCGUUUGGUUUAUAUAAAUAGUAUGUCUUGUGUGCAGAAAUCAUAAAUUUAAACGAGUAAGUAAAGCUCUCGGAUACAUUCGGUGCAAUAAAAAGUACAAUAUUUCCCUCUGACAUACAGUGGUGUAGAAAUAGUAAGUGGCAUGAAAAGAAAAUACUAGACUUAAAGUACCUCACAUUUGACCUUAAUUACAGUACUUGAGUAAAUGUACUUAGUUAAAUUCCCCCACUGUACUUGAAGCUAAAAACCUUCAGGACUUUACUAAUAAUUACAUUCUGUACUAAUUAAUUUUGACAAUAAUGUUGAGGUGGGCGAGCUAGAGCAACAACAAUGAAUAAAGUACAAGUACCUCAAGUUGUGCUUAAGUACAGAACAAUACAGGAGUAAACGUAUCUCAUUGCUUUCAACCACUACACAAUAGAUUUCUCUGUUGAUGAAAAUUUGUCUGCCCCAGUAGAACCAGCAGGGAUGUCCCAGCAGCACUAGUGGAGUGGAGGUGUUUGGGAUGAGGCUGUAGUGUUUGAACUUAAGGAUGGAGAUCCUGGUGGCCAAGCUGCUUGGCCUGCUGGGAUUGUUCGGCCUCAUGCUGGCAGGUGUACUGGUCCCGGUGCGCCUCCUGCUAGCCGACUACGACAAGGCGCACAGAUACAGGAGAUCUCUGUCUCUGUGUAACUCGUUCGGAGGAGGCGUGUUCCUUGCAACAUGCUUCAACGCUCUGCUGCCAACCGUCAGAGACAAGGUGGCCGACGUGUUCCAGCAGCUGAAGAUCAGCAGCGACUAUCCUCUGGCAGAGACGAUGAUGAUGCUUGGCUUCUUCCUCACCGUGUUCGUGGAGCAGGCCAUUCUCACUUUCAGGAAGGAGAAACCAUCUUUCAUUGACCUGGAGACGUUUAACGCAGGCGGCUCUGAGGCUGGAAGCGACUCGGAGUACGAGACGCCCUUCAUCGCCUCUGCGCGGGGCUCACCGAGAGACGGCGGCGGUGGUCACCGUUCCCACGGACACAACCACGGACACUUCAGCCCCGCCGAGCUGGCGGGGGCGGGGCCUCUGCGGCUGGCCAGCCUGGUCCUGGCUCUGUCGGCUCACUCGGUGUUCGAGGGCCUGGCACUCGGCCUGCAGGAGGACGGAGCCAAGUUGGGCAGCCUCCUCCUGGGCGUGGCCGUGCACGAGACGUUGGCCGCCGUGGCGCUCGGGGUGAGCGUGGCCAAGGCGUCGCUCGCCAUGAAGGACGCCGCCAAGCUGGGUGUCACAGUCAGCCUAAUGAUCCCUCUGGGGAUAGUGGUGGGGAUGGGCAUCGAGUCAACUCAGACGCUGGCGGGCAGCAUGGUGUCCGUGGUGCUGCAGGGACUCGCCGCCGGCACCUUCCUGUUCGUCACCUUCUUUGAGAUUCUGUCCCGAGAGCUGGACGACAAACGGGACCGCCUGUUAAAAGUGCUCUUCCUCAUCCUCGGCUACACCGUGCUCGCCGCACUCGUCUUCAUUAAGUGGUGACACGCAGGAAGUGCUCUGACACACACGGCAAUACCAAAGGAAAGCUCAUAACUCCAUAGAGGCAGAAGAGUUCAGCUGUGAGACAAACCAUUUAUUCUCCUCAGCUGUGUCUGUGAUGGAAACAGAUUGAACAGAAAUAAAAGAAAUUAAACUGAAAGAGUAAUGUAACACCCCCCCUCAAGAGAAAUGUUCCAGUGGUUUAACUUCUCACGUUGCAGCAGUGAUGCACGGCUGUACUCCAGGAUGCUGUGACAUCACUGCUGGGUGUGGCUACAGGUUAAAUAGACAUUACACCAGAGAGGGCAGCAAAGCUACUUGCCACAUCUCAUUGUGUGUACACCCCCCAGCCAGCUGAGACCAAAAGGAGCUUUUGUAAUAUAUCUUCAAUAAAUUUUUAUUCAUUUUAAUAACUAUUAAUAUUAUUUAAAAAAACAAAAAACGUUUGCUAUUUUUUACUACAUUUACUGUGAUUUUCAUUUGGAUGUUAAUGUAUUUUUCUAUUUUUAAUCUCUGGUGAUAAGUUAAAAAUUAGAAACUUCAUUCAGAAUUGUAAAAUGUCCAUUUGAAGUCCUUAAAAUUCCGGCUGAAGCUGCUAAAUGGAGCUAAAUAUACUCCAAUAAUCAAUUAUGAAUGUGAGACCUUGUCUGUCCAGGAAAGAAAUAAUAAGAAAAAACACAUUCUGACUUUGAACACUGUAAGGACAAGUGGACUGUUGUCUGUAACGAAUAAACAUCAAAUAAUAUAUUUUAUUCAGAAGAAAUUAAUCUCUUCAAGCUUUUUUUGCACUUUUUCAUUUCCUCAAUACAUCUUUUUUCCCAGUUUCUCCUCAUGUCAAUACAACUUGUGCAGUGUACAAAAUUCUUUCACAAGUCAAAGUCCUGCAUUCACAUUUCACCCAUUUAAAAGUUCAAAAGUAUCAGCAUUGAACUUUAAAGUGUAUUCCAUAUAUUACCGGGUUAUAAUUAUCGAUGCAUUCAUAUAUUCAUCACUUUAAUGUUGCUGCUGCUAAAUGUGGAUCUCAUUUUAAUAACUUUGUAUACUGCUAUAAUAAAUAAAUCUAUAACAAUACAUCAUUUAUUAGUUGAUCAUAUUUUGUAUUAUUAAUCUGAAUCUGCAAGCUGUUAGUUAAAUGUAGUGGACUAAAAAGUACAAAAUGUCCCUCUUAGAUGUGGUGGAGAAUAAAGUGGCAUCAAAUAUAAAUACUCAAGUAAAGUAUAAGUAGCUUAGGUACAGUACUUGUGUACUUAGUUACUUCCCACUACUGCGAAAUUCAAAGUCAAAGAAGUUUAGAAGCUUUCAUUCUGGUGUUUUGUUACUCUUUAGUUUUAAUAAACCUGUUUCUAUAUGAAGUUGAACUAAUCACAGUGCAGCCUUUCAAAGAUACUCAACACAUAUCCAUGUACGUGUAAUCUUUAUUUUUAUGACCAUCAUUGAAUGUGUUCCUAUUGUGAUCUUGAACACUUUUGUAUUUAUGAUGGUCUGUGACAUCUCUUUAUUUUCUCAUGUGUUAAAUGAAAUUAAAGAGGUUACUAUCAUA